GAGAGAGAGAGAGAGAGAGAGAGACAUUAUUUUAUGCCGUAUCAGAAUGACCAGGCAUACUGAUGACGAGAGCAAUUACCUUCUGAAAAAAAAGUUAUCCGUAUAACUUGAUGUCACACCUGCCCUGUAUCACGGUGUAAUGGGAAAUGGGCCAAUGUGACGGAGAUGAGCAACAAGGCCACGCACAUCUAUAGUGUAUCCAAAUUCACCUUUACUUAAAAUAAUUUAGUGCCUACAUGAGGAUACAGAAACCUCUUCACAAUAAUACAGCAAUUUACUUUCAGGCGUGUUUACGAAUCUUUAUGCAGGAUCACAACUAAGGCCAAAGUUCAGCUGCGCGCAGCGCUAUAUACAGGAGAUAUCGGAUUUUGAUAUGUAGUAAGGCUGGGAUGGUACUCAGGACUCACCUCUCUCCAUUACAGCCUCGAGCUUCUGCAACUAAAAUCUCAUCGAGGCUGUGAAUUUCACUUUUCUUAUUGUUCUUGAAAUAAUAAGGUUAACUGAAAUGGAGACGACGGCAUCGAUUUACGAGGAAACGACGGAGACUGUGACGGAUGGUUAUGAAGAUAUCGGGGCAGAAUCAGCCGACACAUUUGGAUCCAAGUUCCAGCCUGCAGAUUGGGUAGUGUUUUCGCUGAUGCUGGUGGUGUCUGUUGCCAUUGGCGUGAUAAGCGCAGUGAGAAGCCGCCGGACUGCCAAUACUAAGGAUUUUCUACUCGGAGGAAAGAACAUGCCCCCAUUAGCGGUUGCAAUCUCACUCUUGGGAGGCAUAAUUUCCGCCAUCUCCAUCUUAGGGAACCCGACGGAGAUCUACUUUUACGGCACCCAGCUCACUGUUAGCCUGCUGGGCUGCAUCCCCGGCUGCAUUGUCAUCAAUAAAAUCAUCGUGCCCACUUUCUACAACCUCGAAUUGGUUUCUCUUAACGAGUACUUGGAGCGUCGCUACAAGAGCGCCGCCUUGCGGAAGCUGGCCACGCUGGUGACCCUCCUCUCCCUUGGUAUAUACAUGGGCAUGUGUCUGUAUGCACCCUCCCUCGCCCUCUCCACCGUCACCAGUCUCUCAACCUUCGCCUCCAUGGCAAUCAUGGGGGCCAUCGUCACCUUCUACAUCACCAUAGGCGGAGUGAAGGCGGUGGUGUACACGGACGUGCUGCAGACGCUGCUCAUGUUCGGAGGCGUGUUGGCGGUGGUUGUGCUGUGCUGCAUUGACCUAGGGGGCGCCGGGGAGGUGUGGGACAUAGCGCGGCGAGGCGGCAGACUAGAGUUUUUCAACAUGGAUACCAACCCGUAUGUGCGCCACACAUUUUGGUCUACUUUUGCAAUGGGAUUUUUCUUAAUGAUCAGCGGGAUUGGUAUAAACCAAACGACUUACCAACGGUUUGCCUCAGUCCGCACCUUAAAUAUAUCAAAAGGGCUGUCUUGGUUCUUCCUGGGCGGGUUGUGGUGUCUAUGGUGCUUGUUUUUCUUCUCUGGCCUGGUUGCUUAUGCCACCUAUAGCACCUGCGACCCCUUCACUUCUGGCAAAAUCAAAAAAGCUGACCAGAUCAUACCCUUCCUAGUAACUGACAAAGUGGGCUACAUCCCAGGCAUGUCAGGUCUCUUCGUGGCGGCCGUGUACGGCGGGGUGCUCAGUUCCCUCUCCUCGACGGGCAACUCCGCAGCCUGCCUGGUGUGGGAAGAUUUCCUCAAGCCGUUGCCCUUCUUCAGUGGCCUUAGCGACUCCUCCGCAACUCUCGUCGUUAAGAUUCUCUCUUCCCUCACUGGCGUCGUGGCCGUGGGGUUGGGGCUCCUCAUGGGCAAUUUGGGCAACAUCUUCCACGUCAUCCUUAGCAUCACCAGCGCCGUAUCGGGGCCACUUGCAGGGGUAUUUAUGGCAGGUAUCCUUCUCCCCUGGACCAAUGCUAAGGGGGCGUUUGUGGGGUUCUUUGUGUCCUUCAUAUUCAAUAUGUGGAUCGCGGUGGGCAAAUUCUUACGAGGGGGUGGUGGGCCUACAAAGCUGCCACUUUCUGUUGCCGGAUGUCCUGACACUCUCAACGUUACACUGGAAGCCUUCACCUCAACCACUAUUAGUCCCAACGUGACCACCGAUGAAAUGCCACAGGAGGAAGACAUGUACGACAUUUCUUACUGUUUCUAUGGUCUCAUAGGCAUAUCCAUCACUCUUGUGGUCAGUGGACUGGUGUCAGUAAUCACAGGUCCAACACCCCCGAAGGAUGUAGAGGGUGGAGUCGUCAACCCGACCUGCGAGCGGCUGUACAAGUGGGCGUGGCAGAAGUGGCAGAAGGCAAGGGGUGUGUACAGCAGCAGAAUUUUUGAAGGUCAAUACGUGGAAAACCUAGAGAAAAUGAGCAUGAUGCCACAGGUGAAGUCUGACGUUCAUAGCCCAAUGUAAACAGCACUCGAAAUAUUUUUUUUCGAAAUAGCAUGCCAACUUAAUUAAGAAAUAAGGUGAGAUGACGGCUCGCUGAGAAAAGAAAAAUCAGCCAUUGAUUAUUUCACGAGGUUGCCAUGUUUUGAAAAGAAACAGUGGAAUGAGUAUUUAUAUUGGUACGUAAUACUCGAACUAUGACUUUUAUGUAAGGCACAAUGAUGUAUUUAAUGAAAGCUUAAUGUGCACUUAGGCAGCAUACAUUUUUCGCCUACUA